CUGGAGGCCUGGAAAACUGGCGCCGCUCUCUCUCUCUCUCGGGUCAGGCUCUCAUCUCCCGGCUCUUUGGCUCCUAGCGCCUUGCGCCGAGCUGUUUCUCAAACAGCGCGCAGCUGGGUCGGGUGGGUGGCAGGAGGCGGGAGACACUGUCGUCGGAUUUGCCUGCAGUCCGCAGCUCCGCUGAGCCUGGAGGCCACCCGAAUGGAGCCGCCGCUCCCAGUCGGCGCUCAGCCCGUUGCACCCGCAUACUGUCGAGGGUUUGGAGAUGAAGGGUCCCCUCCGGGAGCCCUGCGCCCUGACCCUAGCCCAGAGGAACGGACAAUAUGAGUUAAUAAUCCAGCUGCAAGAGAAAGAACACGUUCAAGAUAUUAUUCCUAUAAAUAGCCACUUCAAAUGUGUACAAGAAGCAGAAGAAACUCUUUUGAUUGACAUUGCUUCAAAUAGUGGCUGCAAAAUUCGGGUUCAGGGGGACUGGACCAGAGAGCGUCGUUUUGAAAUUCCUGAUGAGGAACACUGUUUGAAGUUCCUCUCAGAGGUCCUUGCUGCUCAGGAAGCUCAGUCACAGCUUCUUGUUCCAGAGCAGAAAGACUCAUCCAGCUGGUAUCAGAAAUUAGACACUAAGGACAAACCUUCUGCUUUUUCAGGACUUCUUGGAUUUGAGGAUAAUUUUUCAUCUAUGAAUUUGGACAAGAAAAUAAAUUCACAAAAUCAGUCUACAGGGAUUCACCGGGAGCCCCCACCCCCACCCCCUUCUGUGAAUAGAAUGCUUCCACGUGAAAAAGAAACUUCUAAUAAGGAGCAGCCUAAAGUGACCAACACCAUGCGGAAGCUCUUUGUACCAAAUACUCAGUCUGGGACGCGAGAGGGUCUCAUCAAACAUAUCCUGGCAAAGCGAGAGAAAGAAUAUGUCAACAUUCAGACUUUCAAAUUUUUUAUUGGAACUUGGAAUGUGAAUGGCCAAUCUCCAGAUAGUGGGUUAGAACCUUGGCUGAACUGUGACCCGAAUCCUCCUGAUAUCUACUGCAUUGGAUUCCAAGAGCUAGACUUGAGCACAGAAGCCUUUUUCUACUUUGAAUCUGUAAAGGAACAAGAGUGGUCAGUGGCUGUGGAGAGGGGUUUGCAUUCCAAAGCCAAGUAUAAGAAAGUUCAACUAGUCCGCCUCGUUGGGAUGAUGCUCCUUAUAUUUGCCAGAAAGGAUCAAUAUCGGUAUAUUCGUGAUGUUGCCACAGAAACAGUUGGAACUGGGAUCAUGGGGAAAAUGGGAAACAAAGGUGGGGUAGCUGUGAGAUUUGUGUUUCACAACACUACCUUCUGCAUUGUCAAUUCCCACCUGGCUGCCCACGUGGAAGAUUUUGAGAGAAGGAAUCAAGAUUAUAAGGACAUCUGUGCGAGAAUGAGUUUUGUAGUCCCCAGUCAGACCCUCCCACAACUGAACAUCAUGAAACAUGAUGUUGUCAUUUGGUUGGGAGAUUUGAACUAUAGACUUUGCAUGCCUGAUGCCAAUGAGGUGAAAAGUCUUAUUAAUAAGAAUGACCUUCAGAGACUCUUAAAAUUUGACCAGCUAAAUAUUCAGCGCACACAGAAAAAAGCUUUUGUUGACUUCAACGAAGGAGAAAUCAAGUUUAUUCCUACUUACAAGUAUGACUCUAAAACAGACCGAUGGGAUUCCAGUGGAAAAUGUCGAGUGCCAGCCUGGUGUGACCGAAUCCUUUGGAGAGGAACAAAUGUUAAUCAGCUUCAUUAUCGGAGUCACAUGGAACUGAAAACUAGUGACCACAAGCCUGUGAGCUCCCUCUUCCAUAUUGGGGUGAAGGUUGUGGAUGAACGGAGGUAUCGGAAGGUCUUCGAGGAUAUUGUACGCAUCAUGGAUAGAAUGGAAAAUGACUUCCUUCCUUCCCUUGAACUCAGCAGGAGGGAGUUUGUGUUUGAGAAUGUGAAGUUUCGGCAACUACAAAAGGAGAAGUUCCAGAUCAGCAACAAUGGACAGGUUCCCUGCCAUUUUUCUUUCAUCCCUAAACUUAAUGACAGCCAGUACUGCAAGCCAUGGCUUCGGGCUGAACCUUUUGAGGGCUACUUGGAGCCAAAUGAGACAGUGGACAUUUCUCUUGAUGUGUAUGUCAGCAAAGACUCUGUGACCAUCCUAAACUCAGGGGAAGAUAAGAUUGAAGAUAUUCUUGUCCUUCACUUGGAUAGAGGCAAAGAUUAUUUCUUGACAAUCAGUGGAAAUUACCUACCAAGUUGUUUUGGUACAUCAUUGGAGGCUUUGUGCCGAAUGAAAAGACCAAUCCGAGAAGUUCCUGUCACCAAACUCAUAGACUUGGAAGAAGACAGCUUCCUAGAAAAGGAAAAAUCCCUCCUACAGAUGGUUCCCUUGGAUGAAGGUGCCAGUGAGAGACCCCUUCAGGUCCCCAAGGAGAUCUGGCUUUUAGUAGAUCACUUAUUCAGAUAUGCCUGUCACCAGGAGGACCUGUUCCAAACCCCUGGAAUGCAGGAAGAGUUACAGCAGAUUAUCGACUGUCUGGAUACCAGCAUCCCUGAGACAAUCCCUGGCAGUAAUCACUCUGUGGCUGAAGCACUGCUCAUUUUCCUGGAAGCCUUGCCGGAGCCAGUCAUCUGUUACGAGCUGUAUCAGCGAUGUCUUGACUCUGCUCAUGAUCCUCGGAUCUGCCGACAGGUUAUUUCCCAGCUUCCAAGAUGCCAUAGAAAUGUUUUCCGUUACUUGAUGGCAUUCCUUCGCGAACUCCUAAAGUUCUCUGAAUACAACAACGUCAGCGCUACCAUGAUCGCUACUCUCUUCACUAGUCUUCUCCUAAGGCCUCCUCCCAACCUCAUGGCAAGACAGACAUCAAGUGACCGCCAGCGUGCCAUCCAGUUCCUCCUGGGCUUUCUGCUUGGGAGCGAUGAAGACUAAGUCUUUUCUUCUCUCAGAUUCUAGAGGAGGAAGAUCUUGGGCUCCAAGUAUUUCAGAAUGAUUGGAAAAGUCAUGCCACAGGAAGGGUCUGUUGUGGAAUCUCAAGUUCUGUUAAUAUUGCAAAAGGAAGAGUUUCCUAAUCCCUCCUUAACCAUAUCCUACACAGCAAAAUACUUUUAGACUUAUAUUGCCAAGCCAAAGUUACCAUAUUUUGGUGUUUUUGUUUUCUCUUUAUAAGGCAAAGAAGUAUUUAUACUCUUGUACCUAAGGAUGUGUUUGUUGCCUCCUGCCAGGUUGUCAAAACUGUCCUUAGUACCUUAGGCCUAGAUUCUGAGAUUUUCCCGUUCUAGGCCUAAAAGCAUUACUUUGCUAUAGCUCAAGACUUGUCUACAGUCCUUUGUAUAAAGCACUUUUGACCCACUUCCUUCAUAUAUCACUCCUUUGCACUGCCCUUCACUCAGUCUAUCACUUUGAAGGAAUCCUGGGUAAGACUUUGGCUCCUUGGGUGUCCGCAACAGUGAAUUCACUGUCCACAUGUGGUUGUUACACACAGUUGUGCAUUUCUACUACAGUGGCAUCUAUGUCACUGUAACAUUGGCCUUUUCCUGGAUCUACUCUAGGUGGAACCAUAUUCUCUUGUCUCAGAUCACAGUUAGUAAUCUAACUUUAGGGACUAUAGAGAUAACAUCUCAUCAGUGUAAGAGAAUCACAAUUAAAAUGGAAGCACAUUGAGUAUUUUAAGAGUACAAGUAUUCAUUUUUGACAGAUCCUGCUUCCUGCUCUCCCUUUGUAUUAUUACUUACAUUUUACAUGAGGAUCAAUGCUGGGUAGUAGGAGACCUAUCCCCUACUUAGAAGUCCACCUUCAAAGCAACACACCACAGUAAACAAGGGAGUCUGUGUACUUCAAGCAAGCCCCUUUGGAAUUAUUGCACCUCCCUCGGCAAGAGUGUUGAGGAUGACUGUCAGAACCAGAACCCCUUCUCCAAUCUUCUGAAGUACCAAGGGGCAGAUAUUCCCUCCUCCCUCAGCAGGGCUGACUCUGGGCCCCACGUCCGGCUAAUUCAAGUAAAGGAUACAGAGAUUCCCCUUGGCCCCCGGUCACUGUGUCCAGUGCUGCGUAAGAGAGCCUGACAAGUGGGACCAACUACACACCAUACCUCUCCCACUCAAGACGACCCUCUGAGCUUUUCAUUUGUUCAAGCUUUGUGGGACAGCCUUUUUAAAAAAAUAAUCUAUUGGUUGACAAAGAAGCCGCCAGCCACUGACUGCAAAACUGGCUUCCCCUGGUUUUCUUUCAUUAAAGCCACCCCAAGUUGAGUAAUUUUUGUGUUAACAGAAGGUACCAGGAGCAUCAUGUACAGACUCUAUGUGCAGUCUUAGGACUCUUCUAGCUCACCCAAGGAGAGGGCCAGGGGCUACUCCACUCUACCAUUGAAUGGUUCUGCAGUUCCCCUGUCUCUUGAAAGUUGAGUUCCCUGGGGAAGAAAAGGUAUGUAUCUUGUGAUUUACUGUUUAAGUCUUUUCCUGAUUGGGGGUUAGAGAAAUAGAAUAGUAAUCAAAUUAUGUAUGCCAAGUAGCUGAGGACCUGCUAGAUCAGGAGCUGGGUAGUGAACUUAGCUAAUGGAAGAUGGAGUGCAGAAGUUUUGUAUCGCUUAGGCCGGACAGUGUUUAUGGAAAGAGGAAGGAGAUAGGAGCUGCGGCAAGGUUGUAACACAGAAAAUGCCUUUCCUGGGCGCGUUUUCUAGUAUCUUGACAACUGGAUGUCUUGAGUGACCAAAGGCAUGAUUAGUAAAGCCCUGUGCAGCAUGCACACCGUGCCCUCUCUUACUUUCUCAAGUCAUAGCACUAAGUUGGUUUACUGCCUCAGCCUUUGGCCCAGCUCAUCUUGGGAUAUAUACAGGGUGGAGGGUUUUAGACCUCCCAUCUCUAGUUAGGGGAGACAAGACAGAAACCAGACAUAAAACAUCUGCUUACCUACCAUACCUGCCCCAACACCCCAGUCACUAAUUCCUGCAUCUUCCAAGGUACUGUUUCAUAGUUCCUCUGAAUUAAGGAUUUCAGAUCUAGUUGGUAGGAGUGGAGGCCUUUACACCUACCAUUUUAGAGAAUUGGUUCAGACCCAUGGGGUGACAUUGCAUUAGUCUGUCUUUUACCAUUUUCUGAUUCUUAUUCUGUGAUUGUUUGUUAUAUUUCCCAGAAACGUCUUGGUCACUAAGCAAAGCUGCUAGUGGGAUUCUGUAUUUCGUGUCAUCUUUUUUAUUAUAAUUUAUUGCAAAUUUUUUUCUGAAUAAAUAUAUGUUGUGUGAAAA